AUGUGUGUAGUGUAUUUGCCCGCGUAUUUGUAUCUCGGUAAGCUCGAAACUCAGCCUCUGCAUCACCCUACAUCGACGAGCAAACGACUUUUACAACAAACAGACGUCCCAAACAAGAUCGUCCGGCCUACUAGACCCCCCGGUCCGGUCCACCCGACACCGUUCAACGUCACCCACCCUCUCAGUGGCUACGUCAAUGUGAUUAAAGAUAGAGAGCCCCUGAAGCUGCGGUGUAGAGACUGUGCCCUGGUGUUCAAUUCAGGCCAGCUGCUCGGCCACCAAGCCGGGCCAGACAUCGACCAAUCCGACUGUGUCGUACGGAUGAACGACGCGCCUGUCACCGGGUUCGAGAAACACGUCGGCACGAGAACCACAGUCCGGGUUCUGGCGCACUCCGGUGUCCCGUCAUUUAGCAACCACAGCGCAAAUUUCACAAGGGAAGGCCUGAAGGUAGUAGGCUGGGGUCCGGAUGACACUAUGAAAACGGACGGAAAGGGAAAGACGUACAACAUCCUGUCCAAACUGGCUACAGAACAUCCAGACAACAUACAGGUCUACGUGCUAACGCCACCCAGGAUGAAAUAUGCCGAUAAGGUUUUUGAGACUGAAACCGGAAAACCAAGACUGGGGUCUGGGUCGUGGCUGAGUACAGGCUGGUUCGCCAUGAUUCUGGCGACAGAGAUGUGUGACCGGGUGAAGGUGUUCGGCAUGAGUAACGGGGAGUACUGUAGGGACCCGCAUGCUCACCCAGUGCCCUAUCAUUACUUCAACAAAUAUGGCGGGAACGAGUGCCAAGAGUACCGCAAGAUGGAGAGACAGAGAUCCGACACACACCGCUUCUUCGCAGAGAAGAAAGUCUUCGAAAUAUGGUCAAAAUACCACAAAAUCACUUUCCACUACCCUACAUGGAGACCCAAAUAAUGACUCUAGUCAUUUAUCUAACUAUAGGAUCAACUACUGUUGAUUUGUUUGUUUGUUUGUUUACUUAUUUAUCCAGGAAAUACAUAUCGCCUGAUGGCGUUUUUCAAUGGUUCCUGGGGGAAAACCCCAAAUAAAAUCCAUCAACAACAAAAUCAACUCAAAAUUCACAAAAGUAUCAAAUUAAGUUACGCAAAUUACAAAUUGAUACAAAAUCAAAGGAACUUACAUGUAAAUAACAUUCUCGUAUUGUGAUUAUGAUUUCAUGGUUCAUUUUACACCAUGAAAUAAAGUUAUGAUGGUUCACUUGUUUGUUUAUUUAUUCACCUAUGAAUUAUUGCCUGUAAAAUGUCUACAAUUCAUACACGAAACCCGAAGAAUGGUUUUAGUCAUGGAACUGCUCCUGUUGUCACCAUGGUGACAGACGUCUGGUCGAGGUCAUUGACCUUAUGUGUUUGGAGAAG